AUGGCAGCCAGUCACUAUCUUGACAAGCUGGCCGUCAGCAGCGAGCCGGGUCUCACCAAUGCCCAGCUCAUGUUAACCAACGAUGACUUGCGACCAGUCGAGCCCGAGCGCAGGAAAUGGGGGUCGUGGAAUUUUGUGGCCUUCUGGGUUGCCGAUUCAGCAAACAUUAACACUUGGAUGAUUGCCUCUUCGAUGAUUACCUCUAGCGCAACCGGUACAAUUACGCUGGCAUGGUGGCAAGCUUGGAUUUGCGUCUGGGUCGGGUAUUUUAUUGCGGGCUGUUUAAUUUGUGCCACCGGUCGCAUCGGCGCUCAGUACCAUAUUUCGUUCCCCGUCGUCUCUCGUGCCUCGUUUGGUAUCUGGGGCUCGCUGUGGCCUGUUUUCAAUCGAGCGGCUAUGGCUUGUAUUUGGUAUGGUGUGCAGUCAUGGAUUGGAGGUGAAUGUGUAUCCGUCAUGAUCGAAGCUAUCUGGCCCAGCUAUGCCAACAUUCCCAAUCAUAUCCCCAGCUCGGGAACUACCACUAAAGAUUUUGUGAGCUUUUUUAUAUUCUGGUUCUGCAGUCUUCCAGCAAUCUGGUUCCCUGUCCACAAGAUCCGCCACCUAUUUACAGCAAAAUCUAUCUUCACGCCAAUUGCCAUGAUCGCAUUUUUCGCCUGGUGCAUCCGUCGUGCCAAUGGAAUUGGGCCCAUCAUCCACCAGCCCUCUACUUUGCACGGCAGCGCCCUUGCGUGGGCAGUCAUCAAGGGCAUUAUGUCGUCGAUUGCCAACUUUGCGACACUGAUUGUCAACGAUCCUGAUUUUUCGCGCUUCGCAAAGACUCCCAAGAGUGCAUUGUGGUCCCAGCUCAUUUCUAUCCCUUUCGGAUUCGCCAUUACCUCUUUCAUCGGCAUCAUCGCGUCAUCUUCCUCGACUGUUAUCUUUGGCACUACCAUCUGGAAUCCGCUGGAACUGCUGUCUCAGUUCCUUGUCGGCGCAAGCUCUGGUGAGCGGUUCGGCAUUUUCGUUAUUGCUAGCGGCUUCACGCUGGCCCAACUGGGAACAAAUAUUGCUGCAAACUCGGUUUCUGCUGGCACGGACAUGACGGCACUGCUACCGCGUUUCCUCAACAUCCGUCGUGGAGGGUAUAUUUGCGCGUUGGUUGGAUUGGUCAUGUGUCCGUGGAAUUUGGUGAACACCAGCAACAACUUCACGACAUACCUCUCCGCCUACUCCGUCUUCCUCUCCUCGAUUGCCGCCGUCCUCCUGUGCGACUAUUACGUCGUCCGAAAAGGGAACCUAGAUGUUAAGGAACUCUACAGUGCCCGCAAGCGCUCAACCUACUUUUACACAUACGGCAUCUCCUGGCGAGGAUUCGUUGCCUACAUCUCAGGCAUCUUGAUCAACAUCGUUGGAUUUGCCGGAGCCGUCGGCCGCACCGUACCAAUUGGCGCGCAAUACAUAUACAACGUGAACUAUUUCGCCGGCUUCAUUGUUUCUGCUGUAAUCUACUACGCGCUUUGCCGUCUAUUCCCAAUCCCCGGAAUGAGCAAUACAUGGAGCGAGGUCGACGUCGAUGUCGAUAAUCUCACUGUCGCUUAUGGCCAAGAAGUGUUUGAUGAAGAAGGCCGGAGUAUUCCUGAGUAUGAGGAGGCGUUGAGGGACAACAAAAAGGACAAGAGUAGCGGGUAUGCCACUUUUUAG